UUCAAAUUGUCAAUUUUGCUUAAAAUUUUACAAAAAAUGGCUGUGCAUACAAAAUCAUUAAAAUGCAAAAUAGGACCAUCAAUUUUAAACGCCGAUUUAUCCCAGUUAUACGUCGAAUCUCAGCGCCUUUUAGACAACGGUGCCGAUUAUUUACACUUGGAUGUAAUGGACGGCCACUUUGUUCCUAACCUAACAAUCGGACACCCGGUGGUAAAGUGUCUAAGAAACAAAAUACGAAAUGCGUUUUUUGAAACUCACAUGAUGGUCUCGGAGCCGGCUAAAUGGGUGGAACCGAUGGCGGAUGCCGGCGUGAACCAAUACACAUUCCACAUAGAGCCUGUGAAAGACGUUAUCCCCCUUUGUCGGAAAAUUCGUGAGGCCGGCAUGCAAGUGGGGCUUGCCUUGAAGCCAGGGACUGGAAUUGAAGCAGUGCGCCAAUAUAUUGACCACGCUGAUAUGAUUCUAAUAAUGACGGUUGAGCCUGGAUUUGGGGGCCAAAAGUUCAUGAACGAUAUGAUGCCUAAAGUACAAUGGUUGAGACAUAACUACCCUGGACUGGAUAUUGAAGUUGAUGGGGGCGUGGGACUCAAUACAAUCACUGCUUGCGCAGAGGCUGGGGCUAAUAUGAUAGUAUCAGGAACUGCAAUAAUCAACGCAAAUGACCAAAAAGCGGUUAUAGCUAGUUUAAGAGAAACUGUUGAAAGCUCAAUUCAUAAAUGUAACGUUUAAGGCUGCCACUUUGUGAUUCAAGCAUUUUUUUUCUCUACACUGGAGGGUAAUAAGGUUGUUAUUGUUAAAGUUAGGUUUGAUUUGUACAUCUACUUUAUUUGUAUUUUUUAUUAUAAAUUUUAAUAAUAAAUCAUUGUUGGGGUAAA